GUAAUUUCAGCGGCUGCUGCUUUUUUGUGAGUUUCUUGAAAGCAAAAAUUAAAAAACCUCAACAACUGGCUUGAGAAAGAGUCGGCGAAUGGGCGGCAGACAGAGAGGGAACUAUUGUGGCGAAGAAGAAGAGGUAAAAAACAAUCCCUGGCAAAACACGCCAACCCAAAGCGACUUUGUUGCUGCGGUUUCAGUUGCCAGCGCGAUUUUGAAUGGGUUGUACGCGCGGCGAGUUCUCAAAACUUUUUCCAAGCCGAUAUCAAUCAAAUCAAAUAUCCGCGGAAUCCAAAAUCCAAAACCAAUGCAAUCAGAGUUGGUAAAAACAGCAGCGAAAAACCGAGACAAAAACACAAAAACAGGCAGCGUGCGUGUGCAAUAUAUGGAAAAUAUAGCCCAAUAAAAAUCACUGAAUGUGUAAAACUGUUUUUCCGAAUUGUUUGAUUUUUGUUUUAUUUUGUGUGUGUGUGUGUGUGUGUGUGUGGUAUGCUACCAAAUGAAAAUUGUGUGCAAUAAGCGGCGAAUGCAGGCCAGCAGCAACAACAACAACAGCACCAGCAAUAACAACAGCAGCAACUGCAGUUGCAACAAACUGCGGCAACACCAAUUGCUGCCAUCCUAUGCACACGGCAUUCUAACUGUACAGCUUGACUUGGCAGAGGCAGCAACAAGUGGUACGCACAGGAGCAACAUCAUUAGCCGGCACUUGAUUGCAUCAGCUUGGAGGCAGCCGCAAGAUAUAGGCACUGGAUAUCUGAAAUCGGAUAUCGACAACAGCAACAGCUACAACAACCAGAUGCUGCAGAACCAUGGCGGCAAUCACUAGCAAUGUGUCGCGUUUGGAGCCAAUGCGCGGUAUUUCCAUAAUCAUUGAAUCGCCAGAAGUGGCUGCGGCAACACCAGAAGCAGCAGCAGCAACAGCAACAGCAACAGCAGAAGCAGCCGCAUCAACACAAGUAGCACCAACUGCCAAGUGCAACAGCAACACUGAAAUGUCGCUCAAGUCCCAGGCUGGCAUGUUGCUGGCAUUUGGCGACACAGCAGCAGCAACCAAAGAUAAUUUGGAAACUAGUUACGACACUGCAGCCAAGUCGGCAGUAGCACCAGGGACCACCAAAAUCUAUCCGCAGCUGCUGCUGCGCAUUGGCGGAGAAAUUGCCGGUGCAACAGCAACAGCAACCGCAGCAACAUCGCCGACCAUAAUCAGCUGCAAUGGAGAAAUUGCCGCCAGUCAGACAGCAGCAGCAGCAACAGCAGCAGCAACAGCAGCGAACGCAGCAGCAACAUUGCAACACAACAACACAGUGAAGAUUCAAAUCGAAAGCCAGGGUCAGCCGCGGACACUGGGCAAGCAGAUAAGUGUGGUGAAGCUGAACGAGGGCGUGGAGGAGAUGCAGCAGCACCUGUGCUACUUGGUGGACACCAGUGGCCAGUACUCGCCCUGCGACACCUUGGACAGUGGCACGGGCAGCGAUCUGGAGGGUCAACCGCAGCCGCCGCCGCAGCAGCAGCAGCAGCAGCAAGUGAGGUCACCGCAGCUGGAGCUGCAUCUGCAGACCACGCGGCUGAAGGUCAAGGAGGAGGCGGAGGCGGAGGCGGAAGCGGAGGCGGAGAGGGACAGUCCGCUGGAGACGCCGAGUCCAGUUCCUCAGCGGGCCUACAGCCUCACCGAUGACAGCGAGGAGUGCGAUGAGAGCAGCAACUCCUCGCUGAGCUGCGAUUCCCUGCACUCCGGCGGUCUGCUGCCCACCACCCUGCUCCGGGACAUUCGACUCCGAGAACGAGAGUCCGGUCCGUUGGUCACCAAAAUCGACGGCAGACCGCUGCAAUUCGAAACGGAUGGCUAUUAUAACUUCCAUGUGCGCGAGCAUGAGAAUUUCCGCAGUUUUGGCUCCAAUUCCUCCACGGAGUACGAAGCGCAGAACUUUUCCGAGGAGCAGCCGGGUGAGAACUUUGCUGGCUUUCGGGACAUCCGGACGGAGGGCAAACUAACCGCCAACUCGACGAUUAGAUCCGCCAAGGGCACUGUGAGGGGCGUCAAGAAUCGUGUGCGCAAUGGAGUAGCCACCUUCUUGCAGCUGCAGCAGCCCAAUGUCAAGAACUACAUGGAGAAGGACCUGGGCAAGGUGGUUUUGUACACCACGAGCAUGGGAAUCAUCAGGGACACAUACGCCAAGUGUGCCAAUGUCAAACAGAUUCUGCGCACACUACUAAUCAAAUUCGAGGAGAGGGACAUUUUUAUGAGCGUGGAAUACCAGCAGGAAAUGCGUGAAAGGAUGCACGACGAGACCAUCCGGGUGCCACAGCUCUUCGUCGAGGGUCAGCACAUCGGGGAUGCCGACGUCGUGGAGCGACUGAAUGAAAGUGGCGAGCUACGACAGCUGCUGAAACCGUACAAAUCGAUCGCCACUGCGUUUACGUGCCAGACGUGCGGCGGAUAUCGCCUGCUGCCGUGCCCCUCGUGCAGCGGAUCCAAGAAGUCGGUGCACCGGAACCACUUUACGGCGGAGUUCGUGGCCUUAAAAUGCAUGAACUGCGAUGAAGUCGGGCUGGUAAAAUGCCCGAACUGCUGA